GUUUCCCGUGGAUCAUAUACUCUUUCUUUUGGUGAACACGUCAUCAUUUCGGGUCUAGUUUUGUCUCGAGCUCUAGUCAGUCUGAUUGCAGGAUCAAACAAAUUGGAUCGAAAUUUAGUUGCCUWGCUGAUACUUUUUUCUCAACCCCCUAAAAAGAGGCAAAGUGACGAUGGAAGACAACAGUUGUAACCUACCUAAAAUACUGGGGAAAUUACGUGAAAUGACUUCUCUCCGCCCUGAUCAGCAAGAACAGCUGCGAAACAUGUAUGACUCCUUUGCAGCAGAUUACGACAAGCAUGCCAAAGCCGUCGGCUAUAAAGGCUGUAAAGUGUGCGCAAAGACGCUCGUAGAGUUCCUUGAGAAGCACCAGUUUGGGACAGACUGUAGGAUACUUGAUGUUGGAUCUGGCACUGGAUUGGUAGGUGAAGAGCUCAAAAGGUUGAACUACACUAAUCUUGAUGCUCUGGACCCAUCCGAAAAGAGCAAUGAUGUAGCCAGAGGCAAAGAGCUUUACAAGAAUUUUUUCGUGGAGUUUCUUGGCCCAGGUAAACAGCUUUCCAUUCCAUCCAACACGUACGACGCAGCCAUUUGCUCGGCGGUGUUCAUACCCGGUCACGUGAAGGCAGAGGGAGCGAUGGAUGAAAUGGUACGAGUGGUCAAGCCUGGUGGCCUKRUUUGCCUCUUAAUACGAGAAGAUGUUAUGUUCGACAAGGAAUAUGGCCAUGAGGCUAAGAUGGCAGAGCUGAGUGACAAGAAAGCCUGGAAACUCCUAUCCAACACCAAAGGACAGUACACAAAGGAAGUUUACUAUGGAGAAUGCUAUAUAUUUGUGUACCAAGUCUUGUAAGACAAAACUAAAGCGAUUAAACACGAAUUACUUCCCGUAA